AUGGUUGCCAGAACUUUCGCCGAAACAGAUAUAACGCACCAUGAUGCUCCUGCAGAGAUGGAUGGAGGCCACCAGGAGCUUUAUUCAAAGAAAAAAUGCCAAGAGUGCCGAAAAGGCAAACCCCCAGAGCACCAAGGCAAACACCGGGGACCCAAAGCCCCAGAUGCCCAAAGGUACCCCAAGAGCAAAGGCGUUCAGGAGGAGCCAACCCAGGAUAUCCGACCCCCCGCCAAGGGAGGAGGAGAGACAGCCCAGCGGAAAUCCCCCAGCCACCCUAAUACCAGAGCCACCGGGAGCUGCGGGGACGAAUCCGCUGGCUCUGCUGGCAGCCAGCCACCCAGAGGUGGAUCCAGCCACGGACCACAGGGACCCGAGGCACCAGGGCGCCCCACCCCCUGGCGGGAACCCUGUCCGGGCCCCGACGGGCCAGGUCCCACGGAGCAGCCGCCAGGAAUAGGCCAGCACCCGCCCAGGCAUUCACCCCCAAACAUCGAUCACCACCAUGCCACACCCGUGCCCAAACCAGUCAACCCCCAGCAAAAGGUCCCACAUGAAGAAGACUGUCCAGGGGACACGUCCCACAUGCCCUGCACAGGCCUACCAACCCCUACUAACCCCCUACUAACCCCUCCCCUAAAAACCCUAUUCAUCCCUCCCUCCACACCCUUUGGGGAGAGCAGAAAUGACAGCCCAAGCACCGGCAGGCACCCCAGCCCCGGCAACAGCCCACCGCCAAGCCCCCGUACUAGGGGGCUCAAUCUUCCUCCAGGCCCCAGACUCCGGACGGCAGCCGGAGAACAGGGGUGA